AUGGGUAGAUCAGAUCAGGAGAAGGAUAAAUGGAUAGAUCAGAUCAGGAGAAGGCUGAAGAGACGGAUCAGGAGAAAGGUUGAGGAGACGGGUCUGGAGAAGGUUGAAGAGACGGAUCUGGAGAGGGUUGAAGAGACGGAUCUGGAGAAUGUUGAAGAGACGGAUCUGGAUAACGUUGAAUGGACGGAUAAGGAGAGGGUAGAAGAGACGGAUCAGAAGAAGAAGGAUAGAUGGGAUGAGGAGAAGGUUGAAAGAACGGAUCAGAAGAAGGUUGUAGAGACAAAUCAGGAGAAGGUUGAAAAGACGAAUCAGGUGAAGGUUGAAGAAACGGAUCAGGAGAAGCUUGAAGAGACAGAUUAG